UAAGAAAGGAGAUUCCCACUAAUAAAUUCACUCACUCUCUUUAGCAAAGAAGACAGAGUAUGAAAAUGGGGCCGCUUCAUCCCAAGACAUCAACUUUAUUUCUACUUUGUUUUCUUUGUUUCUGGAUUUUAACAUGCACAGAAGCUUCAUCAUCUCAAAGAUCAGCACAGAAUUUGGAUAAGAUAGAAUCUUUGCCUGGCCAGCCAAACAGUCCUUUGAUCACCCAAUACUCUGGCUACAUCACAGUUGAUGAGUCUCAUGGAAGGGCUCUCUUCUACUGGUUCUUUGAGGCUCAAUCUCAACCGUCCAUCAAACCUCUUGUCCUCUGGCUUAAUGGAGGUCCUGGUUGCUCUUCAAUUGGAUAUGGAGCGGCUUCAGAGUUGGGUCCUCUUAGAGUUAAGGAAAAUGGGACUGGUCUUGACUUCAACAAUUAUUCUUGGAAUAAAGAAGCCAAUUUGUUGUUUGUGGAGUCUCCGGUUGGGGUUGGAUUCUCAUACACAUCCUCUAAUUUGAUGAUACUCGAUGACAAAUCUGUUGCUGAGGAUUCCUACACCUUCCUGGUUAAUUGGCUAAAUAGAUUCCCACAGUUCAAGAAGAAUGACUUCUUCAUAGCAGGAGAGAGCUAUGCAGGACACUACGUCCCCCAACUUGCCGAUCUUGUUUUGGAGCGAAACAUGCAGUAUGAUGGAGCGCACGGGCGGGUCAUAAAUCUCAAGGGUUUCAUAGUGGGGAACCCAUCAACAGAUAACUAUUAUGAUCAAAGAGGCUAUUUAGAAUAUGCAUGGAGUCAUGCAAUAAUAUCAAAUGAGGAGUAUGAGCUGGCCAAAAGAGAGUGUGAUUUUUGGAGCUCUAACUUAUCUGAUAAAUGCAAUGAUGCGAUGUACACUUUAUGGGCUAAUUAUCAGGAAAUUGAUUUAAAUAACAUUUUUGGUCCUAAAUGUCUUCCCAUAAAAUCUUCAUCGGCUGCCCUUAUCAACAUCUUGGAUAAGGAAAGAAUAUAUAAAAGGGGGAGGAUGAAGCGAAUGGUCCACGAGGCUUAUGGUGCCUGCUAUGCCUCGGAUGCAGAGGAUUACUUCAACAGGAUUGACGUUCAAAAGGCUUUACAUGUGAAUAUCACCCAACAAAACUUUACAUGGAAGGGGUGCAGCCGGUCAAUACUUGACUCAUACAAUUACUCAGUCUCCUCUGUACUGCCAAUUUACCGAAAGCUAAUAGGAGGUGGAUCACUCAAAAUUUGGAUUUACAGUGGGGAUGCGGAUGGAAAUGUAGCCGUUCUUGGGACAAGACAUUGGAUAGAAGCUCUUAAGUUGUCUCUCAAAUCCAUAUGGCGCCCUUGGUUCCACAAGAAACAAGUAGGAGGAUGGAUAGUUGAAUACACAGGGUUGACCUUUAUGACUGUGAGAGGGGCGGGUCAUCUUGUACCUCUCUAUAAACCGAGCGAAGCUUUGGCGCUCAUACAUUCGUUCUUGACUGGUGAAAAACUCCCUAUAAAGAGAUGAUGAUGAUGAUGAUGAUGAUGUUGAUGAGACUCAUGCAUGUGAUACACGUUAUGACAAACUAACUAGCUAUUACAUGUACUUGUAGUGCUUAUUGAUCAAUUUAAUACCUAUACUUCAAUAUUAAAAUAUAUAUAUCUAAAAUACUAUCUAGAGCAACAAACUAGCUAGCUAUUUCAAUGCUCAUUUCGUCCACAUUGAGGCUCCAGUUUCAACAUUUCUAAGUUGCUUUUUUAGUGGAUCUCACCAACUGGCCAUUUUUUUAUCAAUUCACAUUAAAAAUAAGUGGGAA